AUGGCUUAUGGUGCGGUGAUUGUCCUGCUGGAAAACUUGUCGCGCCUGCUGACGUCACAUCCCGAUCUCAUCUCCGGCGCGGAACGCGAACUCCAGGGCCUGAAGAGGGAACUCCUGUCAAUCAAGAAUUUGGUUAAGCAUGACGGCUCGAGGCCGUAUAAAGAGACGCAGCUCAUCAGGGAAGUGGAAAUGCAGAUCAAGGGAGUUGUGUACGAGAUUGAGGACACAGUUGACGCUUGUUUGACUCGCAUGUCAAUGGCUGCCGACACCAAAAAUAUGUUUGGCUACAGCCGAGGUUCCGUUGACCCAGUCGAUCUGGCACAGCUCGUGAGGUCCCUUAGGGAAGAUAAGCUAAAACCAGUCAUGGAUGAGCUGAUUGGGAUGGGGAUCACUAGAGUGAAAAUCGCGAAACCGGAAAGGCACGAGGCAAAUUCAGAAAUGGCUCCGCGAGUCAGGGAAGACAACAUCGUAGGUCUGGAAGAUGAGCAGGCUAGAUUAAUGCAGCUACUCACAAAGGAAUCGGAUGAUCUCGAUGUGAUUGCCAUUAUCGGCAUGCCCGGCCUAGGAAAAACAACCCUUGCGCGGAAAGUUUACGAAACAGAGGAAAUCCAGUGUGCAUUUCCCACCCGCAUCUGGGCCUGCGUCUCUAAAGAACUCAACACAAGAUCACUCUUUCUCGACAUCCUCCAAGAAUUCACCAGCAAGGAUAUGUCGAGCAUCAGCGUCGAUGACCUGGCGCUGACGAUCCACGCCACUCUGGAGACGAGAAGGUUCCUGCUCGUGCUGGAUGACGUGUGGACACCCGAGGCCUGGGACACGAUUCGGGAGGCCUUACCCGUGCGAAACGGAAGUGGUAAAGUCCUCAUAACCAGCCGUUUCAAGAUAGUGGGCGAGCAUGUCUGUUCUAUUACACCACCUUACCUACUGCGUUUCCUAACGGUAGAAGAAGGUUGGCACAUCCUCCGUUUAAAAGUAUUCAGGCCGCUCCAGGAAUGGCCUCAAAGGUUGGGAGAUGUCGGCAGGCGUAUAAGCGAACAAUGCCGAGGACUGCCAAUUCUACUAUUGAUGAUAGCGGGGAUUAUGGACGAUCAUCUCUCGACAUCAAAUGAUCUUGGUGCCAUCAUACGCGCGUGGGAAGGCCUGUCCGAAAGCCUGAGCGGGUACUUAAUCCACACGAUGGAUGUUUUCACAAGUGUUUUGGCAUUGAGUUAUGCUAGAAUGUGUGACGAGUUGAGAGAUUGCUUUCUUUAUCUCGGGGUGUUUCCCGAAGAUUAUGAGAUCCCGGCUUGGACACUGACCCGCCUGUGGAUUGCUGAAGGGUUUGUGCAGCCGAGGCAUGGUCAGAGUCUUGAGGAGAGAGCAUACGAGAAUCUGAUGCAUCUCAUAAACCGGAAUUUGGUCAUGAUUGAUAAGCUGAAGAGCAGUGGAGAAGUCAAAAUUUGCCGCAUUCAUGACACGGUGCGUGAUUUUUGUAAAGCCGAGGCCGAGGGGAUACAGCGCCUCUUCCAAGAACUUAGAAGACGUCCAGACGAAACAUUCGAGCCUUUUUCAGAUUCGGAGGGCCAACAAAAGAACCACCGCCGCAUAUGUGUCCACAACGAUGUCACGGGUUUCUUCUCUCCGGAGCCAUAUUUACCACGGGCGCGUUCUUUCCUGUCUUUCUCCACGGAAGAAUUAACCUUGCAGACAGAGGACAUCCCAAAAAUCCCCGCAGCCUUCGAGCUAGUGAGGAUUUUACACAUCAUGCCCCUCAAGUUCAGAAUAUUCCCCCUUGGCCUGACCCUGCUCGUACAUUUGAAGUACGUGGCCCUGUCCAGUGAUUUUAAGGUCCUUCCAGAAGCCGUCACCAAGUUGAUCAAUACACAGACUCUGGUCAUCCAGACGUCGUCUCGCACUCUGCUGGUCAAAGCCAAUAUAUGGAAGAUGAACGAGUUGAGGCACGUGAAGACCAAUGCAUCCAUUGUUUUGCUCAAGCUACCCUCACAUAAUGUAGACAACAAUCUCCAGACGUUUGUCAAUCUCUCUCCGGAGAAUUGCACGGCCGACUUGUUUGAGAGGACAUCUAGCUUGAAAAAACUGGGCAUUAGAGGGAAAUUCGCGCAUCUCGAUUUUGAUAGUUUAAGGAGGCUGAGGGAGCUCGAUAAUCUGAAGCUCCUUAACGACAUCCACUCUAUUUCGCCUUCUGAAGGCCAGCUGCCAUGCCUCCCUCCACCCGGCAAGUUCCCUCCGAGGCUGAGGAUUCUGACACUAUCUGCUACAUUACUCGGUUGGGAGCAAAUGUCCGUCUUGGGGCUUAUCGAGAAUCUUGAGGUGCUUAAGCUGAAGGAUAAUGCAUUCGUGGGGCCUUGCUGGGAAGUUGUCGAGGUUGGUUUUCCUCUGCUGCAUUUCCUGCUGAUCGAGCACACGGAUUUAGUUUACUGGAAAUUAGCUCCAGGCAAUCACUUUCCUCAGCUCAGACAUCUUACGCUUAGAAACUGUGAAGAACUAGAAGCACUGCCUGACGGGCUGGCAGAUAUACCAAGACUUGAGGCGAUGAACUUGCACCGUACGACCAAAAUGGCUGUCUCGUCUGCCAGGAAUAUUCGGGGUUACAUAAGUAACCUGAAGCUUUCCAUAUUCCCCAUUGAUGAAUGA